AAAUUAACUCAUCUAAUGCCUAAGAAAAAAGUUCCAAAAAACCAUAAGAUUAAAAAGAAGCUAAAAAAAGCAAUGUCAAAAGAAGUAGAGAGUACAGUAUUAUCAACUCCACCACCACCAUUUCCACUCACUCAAGGAGAGUUUAUAUUUAUACAUGUUGGCCAAGCAGGAAUUCAAAUUGGAUCAGCAUGCUGGGAAUUAUUUUGUUUAGAACAUGGUAUUAAUCCUGAUGGAACUGUACAAAAAUUAACAACUAGUUCUACUUCUAUAUUUUCUUUAUCUCAAAUGGGAAAAUAUGUACCUAGAGCUUUGUUAGUAGACACUCAACCUUCAGUCAUUGAUGAGAUUAGAACAGGUGCUUAUAAAGAUUUAUUUCCAAGCCAAAAUAUUUUUACUGGUAAAGAAAAUGCAGCUAGUAAUUUUGCAAGUGGUCUAUAUGGAAUUGGAAAAAGACUAUCAAAAUCUAUAUUAGAUCAACUUAAAACAUUAGCUGAAGACUGCAACUCAUUGCAAGGAAUUGCAAUCUUCAGAUCUAUAGGUGGUGGUACAGGUUCUGGAUUGGGUACAUUGCUUAUUGAAUCGAUUAAAGACUUAUAUUUAAAUAAAACAGUUCUCGAUUUUAAUGUGUAUCCCUCACCUCAAUUAUCAUCAGUGAUUGUUGAACCAUACAAUGCAAUUCUAACUACACAUCAUGUUUUAGAUUUGGUCAAUUGUUCUAUGAUAUUUGAUAAUAGUGCAUUGUACAAUAUAUGUUUUAAAUUAGGAAUUAUAAAACCUACAUAUACUAAUAUUAACAGGAUAAUAUCUCAGGUUUCAUCAGGUAUAACAUCAUCUCUUCGUUUUGAGGGUUCUUUGACAAGUAAUUUAUCAGAAUUACUGAGUAAUCUUAUUCAGUGGCCUAGACUACAUUUCCCAUUAAUUACUCAUGCUCCUAUUAUGACUAAUAUUAAUAAUUUAUCAGCUAAUUCACAACUUGCUCGUAUGUGUUUCGAUGUUAACAAUCAAAUGAUUAUUGCUGAUCCUCAACAAGGAAAAUAUUUAUCAAUUUGCAUGAUGUUUAGAGGUGAUUUAACACCUACUGAUGUCAAUACAACAAUUGCUUUUAUUCAACGAGAACAUACUAUUCCUGUGACAAAUAUGAAUUCUCCACCAUUUAAAUUUGGUUUGUGCUAUCGGCCUCCUAUUACUGUGCCGAAUAGUGACAUAGUUUCUACUGCCAAAACAAUAACUACAUUGUGUAAUAACACAGCAGUUAGGUAUAGAUGGGAAAAUCUUUUAAAAAAAUAUGAUACUUUAACAAAAAAAAGAGCCUUUAUGCAUCACUAUGUAGGUGAAGGAAUGGAAGAAGGAAUUUUCACCUCAGCUAAACAGAACAUAAUAAAAUUAAUAGCAGAUUAUGAAGAAGUAGAAAAAUAUUGAAUGGAUAUAACCCAUGUAGCAAAUUUAGACAUAUUCAAGUACUUAUCAAUACUACAUUUAAUUGAGAAGAGCGGGUAAAAUUAGCUUCUCAUUCAAUCGUUUUUAGUUCUUGAUAAAUUAUUAUAUUAUUGACUGCUUAUAGUAAUUAAUUAAUAUUUCAUAAUGGUAACUUUAUAUUGUAGUGUAAAAAUAAAAUGUUUAAACACUAAAUAUCUUGUAUAACUUAAAUCAAAAUCUGCAUUUUUGUAAAGUGAAAUUUAAGCUCACUAAUUUGAGUUUCACAAACGUUAGCUUUAUUUCUUAAUUUCUUUUAUUUUUAUGACUAAACUUUUUUAAAACUAAGACAUUUUUUGGCAUUUUUAUUAGUGGGAUAAAAGAUGUGUAUAUAGUUCAAUCAGAUUUUUUUAGCUUUGUAACAUAGGAGGGAACCGAUUUUAUUUAUUAAUCUUUUAUCUUCUACGUAGAAAAUAGUUUAAUUUAAUAUAAUCUAAAAUCCAUUUGUCAAAAUAUUAAUUUUGAAAAAGCUCGUUGAAUACCUAUUGUCAAAUAUUAUCUAUAUUCAUCUGUAUGUC